AUGGCUGUCACUUGUUCAUGGUGCAAGGAGUCGUAUCAUUUGAAACAUUGUUUCAAUCGCGAGAAACUUGAAGAAAGAUGCCAUCGUGGACAAUUACGUGAAUUGGUGGUACCACCGAAUUGGAUUCUUCGCCUUCCGAAUCGCCAUCGGAACAAACAUAAGCAACUAUCGAAUAGGGAAAGCAAGAGGCCUACACGACAGUUCGUGGUGAAGCCAAACGAUUGGUCAGGAGGUCCCUCGCAACCUCUUAUCGUGUUCGUUAAUCCAAAAUCAGGAGGAAAUAAGGUCAGUGAAAUCGCUAUCUCGUUUGAGUGGUUUCCGAUGAGAUCUGGAUAG